AUGUCGAGUGCUUUCCCUUUUUUCCGUCUUCCAGAGAAGGCAUUAAACCUUGUUAUUCAAUGUAUGGAGUAUACUGAAAUUGUCGGAUACUCACUUGCCUCCAACAAAACUAAAGAAACCGUCAAGGCACUAAACUUGCAAAUCACAACAUUGCUUUUAACAACCGAAGAGAUCAUCGAAGUUCAUAUCCAAGGUCCGUCCAGCAUUGCUUGGAGUUUCUAUCCGGGAGAGGAGAACGCUGGCAACGAACCUAUUCCAGUUUAUAUGCCUGCUUGUGUGACAGCGAUGCGAAGCAACGUUCGGGAAAAGUUGGGAUAUUUGAACCCAGGAUACAGCAUUCAAAAAUGGAUAGACACUGUUCAAUAUAUAUUUUCUCAUCCGGUAAUCGACUACCUUGUAUUCAUGAGGGAAACAUGUAAAUUUGAUAUGAACUCUCUGAUGGAAACAAUUGGAACAGCUAAAGUGAAGGAAUUCUUGUUUUAUGAUCAAUGUCGCGUAGAGUGCGCACAGAUGGCAGUGAGGCGAUUUCCAGGCAUAUCUCGCAUAUACGCCAGGAGUCAAAAUCUGGAGGAGACCAGCCUUUACACGGAUAUUUUGAUACAAAAUUUGGAUGUGUUAAUUCUGGGACAAGGUGAUGUGAUUAUGCGCAUGGAAUUCGACAAUCUUCUAUUGAUUAAUAGUAAAGAAAUAACAAUUCGUUCGCGGGACAUAACGGAUAAAAUGAUCAAUAAGUUUUUGAAGCAUUGGAUUGGAGGAUCGAAUCCUAGAAUGGAAUUCACACUGUUGCUUUUUCCUGACGGACGAAUUCUCAAUAUAAAUGCUAUUUUGAAAGGAUUGAAAUUUUAUGGACCACCAUUUGAUCAAGUCAGAUUUUUCACAAAACCGGCUACACAAAAGACUGUGGAGAUCAUGGGUGGUUAUGAUAUCCGUCGUGUGAACGGAAGUGUUGGGACACUCAAAAUUGAACAACGUGAGGAAGGAGGAGCUUUUACAUUUUGUGAAUUUAACGAAGGAAGUGAUGGUCCUGAUGAGAAUAAGGUUGAAUUCUACUUUGCUCCGGUGUUGGAAUUUGAUGGAUUGGUAUAUCAUUAG